GUCCGCAAGAGUUGUAACCCGUAGCAGACAACUUUAACUUUAGCUUGAAAAGUUUCCAUUGGGAGGAAGGUGAAGUUACGUGGGCGCACGAAGGAGAAGUCAACAAUUAUUGGAAAGCUUCAAAAUGCCAUCGUACGUCCUCAAUCCGCUUCUCGAUUUCGAAGAAGUUCUGUGCAAGAAGUUCCCCAGCCUUGACCUCCGAGAGCCUCCCAAAACCACAGCGCUGCCAGUGAGGCCUAUUGGCUACAAGAAGGUCCAGACUCCUCUUUCCUUGGCGAGUUCCAGUCUCUCAGCAGACUCGAGAGAAGGUGCACCCAUGACCUCCAGCCACUGGGGGCAGUAUAUGGAGCAGUCCUGUCCUCCUCUGUCACAGUGGAACAAAAUGUCCUUCUGGGCAGAGCGCUCAGUCAGCAUGGUGGAGCCCAGCACGGGCAGUCUGCGUUGGUCGUCCCCCAGCGAGACCAGUCAGACCAGUCACUGCAAGCAGCCCGUUACCUUGUCCUCCACAGGCUCUGCUCCCAGCUCUUCGUCCUCCUCCUCUUCCUCAUCACGAUACAAGACUGAGCUGUGCCGCACCUUCGCGGAAAGCGGCGUCUGCAAGUACGGUGGCAAGUGCCAGUUUGCCCAUGGGCCCGAGGAGCUCCGCGAUCUCAACCGCCACCCGAAGUAUAAGACGGAGCCGUGCCGCACAUUCCACACUAUUGGGUACUGCCCAUACGGCAUCCGCUGCCACUUUGUGCACAACAACGAGGAUGACCUGGGCCCCGCCCGGGUGCAGCCCCAGCCGCACCGUGGACGCCGGCCACCCCUCCUGCGGCAGAGCGUAAGCUUCCCCGGCUUCCCCUCUGCCCCCCAGCUUCCAGAACCUUCCCUCCCCCACCCCUUCCUCCGGGCGCCCUCGGCGUCCCCCCCGAUGUCAGUCGACGUCCCCGAGUUGCUCUCCCCGGCCUUCCCCGAGAUGGAUUCCCCCUCCAUAUUCGACCUCGGCCUGGAGCCGAGGCCCCAGUUCCUGCCCUCCCGCGACCCCGGCUGCUCCUUCUGCGGUCGCAUCGCCCCGUGCCCCUCUCACGUCCCCGGGGCAAAAGCGGAAGGGUGCCCGCAGCAAAGCCCGCUGGGAAGUCUGGCGCUGGGGUCCAGGAGCCUGUCGUACACCUCGCUCUCUGACCACGAGGGAGGCUCCGGGAGCUCCGUCAGCAGCCUGAGCGGAUCGGAGUCCUCCGUCUUCGAGGGGCCCAGCAAGCGGCUGCCCAUCUUCAGCCAGCUGUCCGUGCCGGACGACGGCUUCUGCAGCGACGGCAGCGGAGGUUCCGGCUUUUUCCUCUAACUCUCAUUCUCCCUUCACCGCUUACCCACGGUUCCCUGCGGCUCAGACGGGCAGUCAGGGAGGAAGGGCAGUUUGCUUUGUGUUGAUUAGACAAAAAUGCAUUUUUCUAAAACCUUGAUUGUAUACCAUUGUAUACCUACUGUAAUGUACGGGCUGUUGCUUGGCACCUCAGUAAACUUCCCAGUUUAAUGCUCAAGUCAGAACAUACAGUCGAGUACAAGAGGGGAAGCUCAGUAUUGAUCAAAAACGGGGCAGCUGGACACCCUGUGUUUUCCCCUGUGUGUAAUAGAAUUGAACAAAGAUCACACUUAAUCACAAUGUGAUUGACACUUUCCUGUUAAAAAAAGAUCAGAUUGCAGAAGAAUACAUUGUUUUUGUUCUCUUAAAGCUGUAACAAGCAACUCGGUCAUGCACAUGGAGGUAAAAAGAGGAAAAUUUAAAAAUACAUUUCAAGAUGUCUUGAUUCUACAAAGCCAAAGAGGAGGUUAAAAGCAUGUUGCUGUAAUCUCUGCAGACCCUCCCCUGUUUUCUAUGAAUAUUUCCGGGGGUUCUGAUAUAUUUUUGGGGGAAGGUUUUUGUUGAUACUUUUUAUACCCUAAAUGUGUGUUCACCCCAGACUGGUUUUCUUGCAGGUGGACUUGUUCAGGACCUUUAAUGCUUAAAAAAAACAGACAAGCUGUUUGGCAAAGGUUUGGUUUUUGUUAAACCGGUAAAUGACAUUGUCGUUGUCAAGAGUUUUAUAUGGAAAUAGGUAGUAUUUUUUUCCUCUUAAGAAGAGCAAUGCUUUUUGUGAAGUUUUGCAAUUUGUUCUUAGACGACUUUUAGCUUUUACAGUCAUUUCAUCUGGGUAAUACCUGUUAGCUUCUUUGACUCAGACAUGUAGCAUUUUGUUCUGUAUGAAACUUAUUUGGACAUAACUUGUACAGAACUAAAAAAGUGAGGUGAUGGAAUUCGUUUUUGGUGCUUUUAAAGUCUGGUCUGCCUUUUCAUUUAAUCAGGAACCAGCUGAAAAAAUAAGUACUGACCAUGUUUUUUCAGGGUGCUGUGUUUGAGUAGAGGGGGUAGUCCAAAUUGAAUAGAAUCCUUUCCCUCCACCAAGAAAAUAAGUUACUGAUGUCUGACCAUAGAUUACGCACUGCACCUAUUUAAAUAGAAUGAUGUAUCGUUUGUCAGUGUCAAUAGUUACUUGUUAUUUUGUAAGUGAAUAAGUAGGUUUGUUUCUGAUUUGUUUGGUAGUUGCCUCUGAAAU